AUGCAAAGUCUGCGGAAGCUGGUUAAUAAACCCCGAGUUGACGAUUGGUCCCCACUUGCCAAGUUUUACCAUGCAGAUGAGGCACUCAGCGCGAUAGCCAACGAAUUGGAUUCCUUUGAUGGGCGCAGGGACCCAGACAGAUGUAAUCAGCUGGUCAACAAACUCAGACAGGCUCAGGAUCGGGUUCUGCAGAUAAUCGGUAAGCUUUUCGAAUGCUUUUUUUGGAAUUUAGAUAUCGAUUUUGUAAAGAACAACCACGAAUAAUUUCUCUUUCAUUACUGAAAGGGGCUGCGAUCUUUUUCCGAUGAAUGGGGUGGUUAAUAUAAUUGGAAACUAGUUUGUUGUGAAUGUAUUCGAUUCAUAUUUUCGUGGUGAAUACACGAGGCGAUCAGGCAGCUUAUUAAUAGCAUAACUUUUAACCAAAUUAACUUUGAAAUUUAUUUUAACAUCAAAGUUAACCAUGAGCAAUAUCUAAAACCAAUAAAAACAAAGUCACGUAGCCGAACUAAAAUAAAAAUUAUGUUUCAGCCGAGAUGAUAUCGAUUGUAUUCCCAUCGGAGUCGGAGCGUGCUUGCCGUGAUUACCGCGCCAAGUUCCCCGAUGAAAUCAUUCAUGAUAAUCUUCCCGGUCAGCUGUGGUUCGGGGCCGAAUGCUUAGCCGCAGGAUCAAAUAUUGUCGAACAUGAAGCGGAAAGUGAAGCCAUUAGACCAAUGGCAAGAGCAUUAACACGACAUUUGGAUAAAAUGCGGAAUAUUUUGAAAGAUCAGGCGCUCCGGGAUCCAACGGUUUACACACCCAAGAUCAAGGCCAGUCUCCAUGUUUUCGAUCGAUUGUUUGCCGAAUUUGAGUUCAAGUAAGGGUGUUUGAAUUGAAUUUUGAUUGAGAGAUCGGUCUACUUUGACGGAUAGAUUGACUUGUUUAGAUUUUAUAUGAAUAUUAAACAAAGGUUUUUUUUAAUCUUAUGUAUGUUUGAUUCAGCUAUGUAAGUGCAAUGGUACCAGUCAAAACAAUCGUCGAGUACGAUCACCAACUUGACGUUGCUGUGCUUUUCGCAGAAUGCUUAAAUCGGUAAGAAUGUUUUGGCAUUUUUGUUUCGAUUUUAGGUAUAGUCUUGUGUGGGUAAUAUUCUGAAACUUUACAUGGCUUUAUUACGACCGGCUUGUUAUUGUAAUUGAUGCAAAUUUAUUUGAGAUUGAAGUGGUCCUAUGAUAUUCUAAUGACCUUUUUGUUUUAGCGCCCUAGAGACCGGUUAUUUCUCCAAAGAUCAGAUCGAAGAUGCGGAUCCAACAGUUAUGAUUGCCUUACCCCGAAUUGCAAUUCUUUGGGGACUAACAACGUUUGAAGGAAAUGCCUUGGACCUCAAUCAAGGACGGGAAAACAUAUCAGAGAUGUUCAGACACUUUUAUGAUUUACUCAAAUUAAUCAGAACCCUUCUUAAUCUGGUCGAAGAUGAGAAUCAAAUACUGCUCGAGAACUACUUGAUCACGGGAAUUCCUGAGGAACGACGUACUCUUAGAGAAAAUGACAUAUCAGGUAACCACAGCUUAAAAUUGAGAAUUAUAGUUUAGGUAUCAAGUGUCAUGGUUUUUUUUUUGAAUUUUAGAUCUUGUUUCUACAGCCUCAGCUCUAACUACAAGUAAAUUAGACGACAAAAACCACAUCUUACAUGCCGCUCUCAACGACAUGUCUAACUUUGAACUGACAGAUGAAUUGUAAGUGGUAUACCUAAAAUAUGAAAUCUUGAUUUUUAGUGUAACGCAAGCUAAGAAGAACAUCGAUGAUGUAAUUCACAGACUCUUUGUUUGUAUUUGCGGUGUGGCGGAUCAACUUCAAACAAAUUACUCAUCAGAUAUUCGAAAAAUACUAAAAAUGGUUCUUCAACCAGUUGAAACCAGACCGAUCUAUGAAGUAAGUUCUUUUAAGUAUUAAUAUUUGUGUGUUUAGAUCAGUGGUAAGACUGCUGCCGUCCCACAGAAUAUUGAAGAAACUGGGGUGGAGGUUCAGGAAUCAAUUUCACUUCCAACAACGACAGGUGGGAAGGAUAAUAUAAAUUUUGUUUAUUUUAUGGGAUAUAACUUAUGCUUGUAUUUGAUAAUUGUUGAACAGAGUUUAAAUGGUUUGUUGCAGGUGUGGAAUGGGUUCCGGACGCGGAUUGCGACAACUGUGUUGCUUGUGGCUCAGCUUUCACUUUGGUCCGAAGACGUCAUCACUGCCGAAACUGUGGUCGCAUCUUCUGUUACCGUUGCUCAGGGCACGCCUUGGCGCUUCCGGAAUUGGGUUAUGAACGUCCUGUACGCGUAUGUAACAUUUGCUUUCUCUACAAGAUCAAUCCAUUCACUCCAUGCACAUCUGACGGCCUAACUCAAACUUCAAGGCAUAUUGAAGACAACAACGAAUUAAUCCCAUCGACUUCGACCCAAGACAACUUUGGGACUGUGUAA